AUGAAGACCAAACCCAACGCCGAUGAAAGACUUAGAGACAAUACUGGUCAUAGUGCGGAUGAGCAUGGGCGUGCUACUCUAAGGUCACACGACCAUAAGGAACAACAUUCCCACAUUCAUAGUCAUAAGCAUAGUGAACACGACGGUCAUAGCCAUUCUAUAUUUGGGCAUUCGCAUAGUCAUUCGACUGAAGAUAAUGUAUUUCUUCAGGAAAAAGGGGGUCUUUCAAACCCAGCUAUUCGCAUUACUUGGGUAGGUUUACUAGUCAAUGUUGGCAUGGCUAUCGGUAAAGGAGUUGGAGGCGUCGUAUUUCAUUCGCAAGCACUAUUAGCUGAUAGUGUACAUGCAAUUUCAGAUUUGGUAUCUGACUUUUUAACAUUGGCAACGGUUUCUAUUGGAUCCAAGCCUGCAUCACAGUAUUUUCCGAAUGGAUAUGGAAAAGUCGAAACGUUGGGAUCGUUAGGAGUAUCAGGAAUUCUUGUACUGGCAGGAUUGAGCAUGGGCUGGGAUGGAUUAUUCACAAUGAUAACACAUAUGGUCGGGGAUUCUCAGUGGUUGGAAGCAUUGAGGAGUAUUGGCGGACAUGGUCACUCGCAUUCGCACGCUCACGACGCCGAAGGAGUGGCAGAAGUUGCCUCUUUAAAUGCUGCAUGGAUUGCAUUGGGCUCUAUUAUUAUCAAAGAAUGGCUAUUCAAGGCUACGCUCAAGGUAGCCGAUAAAACGGGUUCCCCAGUUUUGGUCGCCAAUGCAUGGCACCAUCGAGUAGACAGUUUGGUGUCGAUCGUAGCUGUAGCUACUAUUGGUAGUGGGCAUUUCUUCAAUAUUGGCUGGAUGGAUCCUUUGGGUGGGCUUUUGGUCUCCUCUAUAAUCGUCAGAGCAGGUUAUAAUUCUGCUAAAAGCGCAAUCUACGAGCUGAUUGACAAUAACAGACAGCUCAUGGAGACAGAUAUCCAUAAGCUCAAGUCUCACGAAGAGAGAAUCAAAGAUACUCUUGACCUUAUCGGAACUGAUUUCAUUCUGAAGAAAGCUGAGCUUAUGCCUUCGGGACCAAACUUUCUGUCGUAUGUUGAACUUGCACUGCGAUCCGAUUCCUCUAAUAGAUCUUUAGAUACGUUUAGCGAGACUGCUAAGCUGCUUCGCGAAGAUCUAAUAUCACACGAUAGGGGUCUCAAAAGAGUGUACAUUUGUUACGAUGGAACUAAAGAAGAUAAAACUGGCAAAUAG